CUCAAUAAUAUUCCGUCUUUAACGUUUCUCUUUUCUUUAAUGGCAAACCUUCGUUUCUGCACCGUCCAUUCGUUUCGAUACCAAUUAAUUCGCCUUGCGAUAUCCUAUUUCUGUGUUUUUAAUUUCACCGCCAAGUGUAGCUCAGUACUUCCACGCGCUGCAGGCGCUCAAUAUACAAGCCUGAUCACAUUUGGCGAUUCUUUCACGUCCAAUGGCCGUAACGCAGAUCCUUUGAUGAAUGAAUUAUACGCUCCUCUGGGGGAGAAAGGUAGGGCGGUGAAUUGGCCAAAUAUCUUUUUGAAAGACGUGAAUUCUACCGGCACCGCUGCUAAGCUGUACAAUUACGCAUUCAACGGCGCGCCUGCUAACAGCAACCUAACCUAUAUGGGUAUCGUACCAGACACUCGAACACAAAUCGAGAUGUUCAUGACCGACUCAAAAGCUGGAAAAAUUGAUAGAGGCGGAGGCCGAGUAUUGUACACCAUGUGGGUAGGCAUUAACCCGUUGAAAUCCAUCUGGUUCGACGCUUGCGAUCCUCAACGGAAUGGGGGCAAGGGUGCACAACAUCCUACGGAUCCGCUCUUCGUGAAGGCUGUUCAAAGAGUACAGCAAGAGAUAGAUGAAGUCAGUUAUCAAAUGAACCGUCUACGAUCAAUUUCCACGGUGGACAAAUACGUGGUCAUCACAGUACCCGAUCUCAGUGACGCCGCUAACUUCCAAGAUGCGAUAAAAGUAUGGACAAAGGGUGACGUGACAAAGGCAAAAGACUUGGUUAAACUUUUGCAAUUACUUACCCAACAAUACAACAAGGGACUGCGGUCUGUUAUCACAACCUCAAAUACUUUUCUAUACGAUAUUUCCAACCUGUGGAAUUCGAUCCGCUCAUCUCCCCAAAAGUAUGGGUUUAAAAACGUGACCGGGCGGUGCUACGACGCGAACAAGGUUGUGUGUUCCAAUCCCGAUGAAUACCUCUAUUGGGAUCACAUCCAUCCAACUCCCCAUGCGCAUAGACUCAUUGGGAAUGACAUAUAUAGAUUUGCCGAGGCUCUUUGAUGAUGAUCCAAUGCUUUCGUGGCGUACUUGUUUGGUCUAGUCUACUGGUUUAUCUAGUGACUUAGAGCAUACCAACCAUUCUAUACCUUAUUCUCAUGAGGCGGCUUAUCUCAAUGAGAAGAGGUAUAAGUACAUUGUAGAUUUCUUGUGGCAUGUAUUGGUACAUACUAUGUUUAUAUUGAUUUGUGAGGUUUUUGGUGUCAAAAGCUUAUUUAUUUUUCAUGUUUCCAUCCUAAUAAUUUUCUCAUCUCAUUGGACAAUAAGGAAAACCCUUCAUGAUGGCAUAUGCAAGUCUUCUUCUCUUCCAUCCUCAUGAUUGCACUUAUAGAUUGAAGUGAGGUGCAGGGUUUUUCAUCUUGGGCCUCUUCACUGCUG